CGCCAGCCAUGAGUCAGAGCGAGCGCACAAUACAUGAAGAAGGGGAAGAAAAACAAAACUUCUUUGUUGGCUAAAAAUACAGUUCUUUAACAUUUUAAAGACUUACAGCACUGUCCAGAGAUAUUCAUAUCGAUAUAUCGCUUCCGAUAGUUCCACUCGCGUUAUUUCGCUAGUUCCCAGUUGAUCAUCCCUAGGACUCUAGACAAUAUUUCUGUGGCGCGACGCAAUUUUUGUAGCCGUUCUCAAAGGUAGUGCUGUUCCAAAAUGAGCACUAAACCGGACUUAAACCAUUCGGAUCUGAGCAUAGAACUGCUGGCUCCAGAAACAAUACUAAAAACUGACGACGAUGUAGCAUCGGGGCCCAUAUUGACACAGCAACAGCAGAAAAAAGUGGCGGAGGAUCCAGCCGGCUCCUCUAAGCCGGACGAGCUCAUUUCGCUAGAGACGCUCCGCGAAUCGCCAGUGCAAUGGCCCGAGAGAUUCCCUGGCAUGGAUGAAUUCCUCACAAUGUGCGAUACACCUAUGUACUUACCCAGCGUUGAGCCCAUUUCCACCUUAACCGCCGAGGACAUGGCAAAAAUAAACCGUCUGUCAAAGAUGGCGCCCGAUGAAUUGAUCGCGAAGAUCAAGAGCAUGCAUGAUGAAAUCUAUCAACUGGGCCUUUUAGAGGCCAAGGAGAUGUCCCGAGGCAAGCUGUUGGAAAUCUUCGAUCGCGAUCGUAAUCCCAAGCGUCACACCUGACCCAAAUUACGCCAUUUAAGAGGCGUAUGGGAUGGGACCACCCUCAGACCUUUUUCUGGUGCCCAUCCGAAGAAUCCUUAGCUCUUAGUAUAUCUUUUUUUGUUAAUACAUACCUACCCUAUACAA